UAUGUCCACCCGUUCAUGUAAGCAGGGGUGAAAUUUUGCAUUUCAAGUAAACGCGCGCUUUGGCGGUAAAUCGCAUGGCCACCCGCCGGACUUUUAGAGAGAAAAAAUUACAACAACAACAAAGCCGAUUCUUUCUUUCGACUAAAUUUUAAUGUCUACAUUGACGUAACGUGGAUAACAGAGAAAGAGCUAGAGCGAGAGCUGUAGCGAGGGACAAAAAAAACAAGGAGACCAAUUUCACUGGAACUGAAAAACGUGAAAUUUUAUAGCAGCGGUGAGAAAAUGAGAAAUACUAGCGGCCACUAAGGCGAAAAUGAGCGGGAGCGAAAAAAAAAAGUUAACAGGAACACAUACGACAUCAGUCCUCCAUAAAACGUGUAACUAGGAAGCGUCUGGAAGUUUCACGUUGUAGUCGUGCAAAACAACGGCAAAGAAAUGUACCCAAAAAGUGUGCUACACAUUACGUUUUCGUUGCCGUCGCCGCUUCGAAUUAUACGAUUUUAUGUCUUGUUUGAGUAAACUAUAAAAAAAAAAAAAAAAAAUUAUAAAUAUCAACAACAGCUUCGCUGUUAGCCUUGGCUAAAUCUUUACAUUAUAAAAUACUAAUGGUGAUGUUGCUACUUUCAGACCUCAGGGACUCACUGGAAAUGUUACAACGGAGAUACUUGUGCACAAAAUUCCAGACAUCUCAACUGCCUUUGUAAGGAGGGUUUUAUUGGAGCAUCUUGCCAAAUAGGUAACAAAACAAACGUUGCUCUUGUCUUAGCUUGAAUAUAGGACAAUAAACACUAGCAGAACUUCUAGUGAAUUUGAUCAUUUUUUUCAGCGAUCAAGUCAUGUCAAGACUGGUAUGACUAUGACCAUAACCAAGACAAGUGAGUUACUUCUUUUCUUCAUAAAAGUCUUUUUUUUUUAUUCGAGUUGGUUUUAAAAGAAACCAACGCUUUAGUACUAGACAAGGUUGUGAAACUGCUUUUUUUAUGUAAACAGUGAAAAACCUGCUAGUGUCCGCCUUAUACAGGUUUCACUGUAGUUGUUAACUAAAAAGUGUCUUCUUUGACUAGGACAAACAAAACUCAGAUGAUUACAAUUAUCUUUGACUCAAAGCCAACAUCCGUUCUCUGUCACAUGGGAGAUUUUGGAUGUGGGGAUGGAGGAUGGACACCGGUCAUGAAGAUGGACGGCAAUAAGGUACGAAGUAGCCUGUGUCAGGCUCUUAGAUAGUAGGGAUAUCAGAGCCUCUGUAUGGGUGUUUCCGACGAAAUCGAACGUGAAGAUCGCCAUUGGUUGCGCUGAGCUUACUAGUAGCGUUACCACGCAAAAAAAAUGCUCAAUAUACGACUAUUUAGUGCUCCCCUGAGAAAAAACGACGAUUUGAUAGAAAACGCGGGACAAAAUCGACGUCUGCAGGUAUCCACGCAGAGACUCACAUCACCAAAGUAAAACAGGCCAAGCGUUCUUAUUCUGCGUUCAGUUCAUUUUUAUUUAGCCAAAAUAUAAUACAAUACAAGAAUACACAUAGAAAUUGUAAGUUGGCAAGGGAGCCCAGAAGAAACCAGAAGGCUUAUGAAGCCUGGGCUCCCCAGUCACAAAGAAAAAUGCAUAACGAAAUUCGCUGAGCGAUACGUUGAAAAAGGAACUAGACAGAGACUGAGUUAAGUUAUGAAUUUAGUAACAAGAUAUAGGAAAAUGUUCUUAACUCUGGAUUGGUAGGAAUAUAAGGAGGGGGCAUCGCAAAUGUAAUGUUGUACACAUCAGUAAUUUAUCGUUCAAUUAAUUUGACGGCCAAGUACUUGUUUCUCUCACAGCAAACUUUUGAAUACAAUUCCUCUCUCUGGAGCAACAAAGAAACCUUUAACCUUGACGGAGGGAACACUGGGUUUGACUCGCAGGAGACCAAACUUCCCUCCUACUGGAACACAUCCUUCUCCAAGAUCUGCCUCGGUAUGAAGAUCGGUCAGCAGAUCAGGUUUAUUGUCAUCAACAAGCAGGCGAACUCCUUGUACUCUCUGAUCGCUGAUGGGCAAUACCGCGCCACCUCACUGGGUCGUGACAUGUGGAAGUCACUGAUCGGUUCUGAUGCUUCCUUACAGCACAACUGUAACAAGGAAGGAUUCAAUGCUGUUAGUAGUAAAUAUCGUCAAUAUUCCAAAACCAGGAUCGGUAUCAUUAGUAACAACGAAAAUCAUUGCAAGUCCUGUAACUCUAGAAUUGGGUUUGGUACUGAAGGAAAUCCUGAUAAAACCAACUCAUGUGGAAACCAAGCUUAUAAUUAUUCUCCAGAUAAUGGUUAUAAACAUAUUAAGGCAAUGGGAUAUAUUUUGGUGCAGUGAAAGGAAACUGAUCUGGGCUAAUUUACUUUUGUUGCCAUGAGAAAACUAUUUUAAGGGGCUGGUCGUUGAUCACCUGUGAGGGAGGGGGGAGGGCGACCAUUCUACCUCGCAUUUGCAUACAAUCGGAGGUCACGCGAGAUAGCAAGUAUGCGAUAUCCGAGCUCAGUGCAAGUUUGGUGUCCGAGCGAGUCAGUUGUGUAACUUAUAGAGAGAGGUUCUUUACGGAUUUUUACUGCGUUUCCGACGUUAUUCUGACCGACCGUUCCUGAUGUCGCAGAUAGGCGAACACGAGGCGCUCAACAACGACCCGCUAUCGGAUGAAGUUCUGGACGAAGGAGAAUUACUCAAAGAUUCUGGAGAAGAUAAAAAUAUGGCGGCCGAGCCUGGCACAAGCGGCGCGAACGUUUCGCUGUCCGCUGCCGACUUUAAGAGUCUUUCCCUGGCAAUAUUAAAUGUGUCAAAAAGACUCGAUAAAUUGGAGGAAAAGCCUUCUACGACGGGUAAAGGCCCUGGCAAACGACCGAGCCAGGAACAUCAAAAUGCCGUUCCCGCCAAAAAGCCCGCCAAAGAAUGCUCGAGCUCCUCGAGCGAGCAAAAUACCUCGGAUAACGAGGAUGUUCAAACACUCAUGACUAAAGUUGCCGGCGAUGUUGACGAUCUCGGUAACGGGGACGAAGAUGAAACGCUUACAGAACUACAGAAAGAGUACGAGUCUGAAGACUCUAUCGGGAAGAACAUUCAAAACCCACAAUUUGCCAAGCUCCUUGGCAAGAUGUUUCGCAAUCGUUUGCCAGACAAAGUCCUUAAAGAGAAGCUCGAGCGACAAGCUCGACCGGAAAACUGUGAAACUGUAAAACCCACACGUGUCAACCCGGGUAUUUGGCGAAAACUUCGUGAGCACACGCAAAAGAGGGACUUACAACUGUACAAGAUGCAGCAAGCCCUCGUUAAGGGUAUAAUCCCGGUCGCCCGGUUGACAGACCUGACCAUGUCAGAAAAGCAUGGGUUAGACAAAGAGGGCAUGCAGCUGAUCAAGCAAUUUGGGCUUGAUGCCCUGUCACUACUAACGCAUGUAAACUAUGAACUAAACAUGCAGAGAAAACAGCUCAUGAAACCUGACAUUGGCAAAGACUACGCCGCCCUUUGCUCACCUCAUGUACCAUUCACAGACCUGCUUUUUGGUGACGACCUCCAAAAGCAGUUGAAGGACAUAGGUGAUGUAAACAAGAUUGGUGCAAAGGUACAAAACCAUAGAGGAUCUCAGAGGAAUCCUUCUGGUUACAACAGCAGCAAUACAAACAGACACACUUUUUCUCAACGGAAUCCAAAAAACUCCAAAGGCCAAACAUUCAGACCUUGGCGUCACAAGGAGACUCCAAAGAUGAACCCAAACAAGAGGUCAUCACAGUAGCUCAUGGUCUUAACACGGUAAAUUCUGCUGUACAAAAUUUUGUUGCUGGUAACAUAGCUCAUCACUUUUCUGAGUGGAGGUCUAUUACCUCAGACCCAAGCAUCCUUGAGAUUGUAUCGGGCUAUCUUAUCGAUUUUGAACGGUUACCAUACCAAACAUAUGUGCCCUAUAUAAAAUUUUCUAAAGGUGAUGAACACAUUAUUGCAGUAGAGGUUCAAAAACUUCUUGAUAAAGGUGUUUUGAGCAAGACAACACACUGCAAUGGAGAAUUCAUCUCUUCGGUCUUUACAAGACCAAAGAAAGAUGGGUCUCAUAGACUCAUCCUGAACCUCAAAAAUCUUAAUGAGUUUGUUACUUACCAGCAUUUUAAAAUGGAAUCCCUCCAAUCAGCUGCCCAACUACUUAAAAAGGACUAUUGGAUGGCAGUUCUAGACCUCAAGGAUGCUUAUUACUCUGUACCGAUAAAUCUCCAGCACAGAAAAUACCUAAGGUUUGAAUUUAACGGAACCCUUUACGAGUUUACUUGCUUGCCAAAUGGCCUGGCCUCGGCCCCUAGGGUCUUCACCAAGCUUAUGAAACCAGUCUAUGCAACACUGAGAUCCAAAGGAUACCUAAUAGUGGGUUACAUAGACGACAUAUUACUAAUGGCAGAAACACCAGAGCAGCUAUCGCAAGUAGUUGCUGACACGGUUGCCCUACUCAGGGCACUUGGCUUCACAAUCCAUGAUACUAAAUCUGUCACGACACCCUCUCAGAUAGCCAAAUUUUUGGGAUUCAUAUUGAAUUCUAAGAAUAUGACCAUCUCCAUGAUCCCAGAGAAGGCUGAUAUUGUACGAUCUAAGUGUCACAGCCUUGUGCAGAUACAAGGUCCUGCCCAAAUCCGAGAGGUGGCCUCAGUUGUGGGUUUGAUGGUAUCCUCAUUUGCAGGAGUGUACUAUGGGCCAUUAUUUUAUAGAUCUCUAGAGAAUAUCAAAACUGAUGCACUGCAAGCAAAUGGCUGGGAUCUUGAGGGGAAAGUAACACUCUCACCCCUGUGCAAACAAGACCUCCUUUGGUGGAUAAAUAAUGUUGACCAAUAUCCAGAAACCAUCACACCACAAAUCCCACAUCUAACCCUGACAACCGACAGCUCACUUACGGGCUGAGGGGCAGUGAUAGAGGGUACCUCAAGUGUUGCAAGUGGUAGAUGGUCAUUCCAGGAAUCCCAACUUCAUAUUAAUUUCCUAGAGUUAAAAGCCAUCCUUCUGGGACUGCAGUCACUCUGCAGUCACCUUACAAAUUGUACCAUCAAAGUGCUUUGUGACAAUACAACUGCAGUCUCGUACAUCCGCAGUAUGGGUGGCUCUAAAUCUAGGAACUGCAAUGAUAUAACUAGGGAAAUUCUCAUCUGGUGCAUGCAGAGGCAGCUGGCACUAUCAAUCUCCCACAUACCAGGGAAAUUAAAUACAGAAGCUGAUAGAGCUAGCAGAGAAUCACACAACAGUAAUACAGAAUGGUCCCUAGACCCUACCAUUUUUGACGAACUUAAACUUAAAUGGGGCGAUCCUGAAAUAGACAUGUUUGCAUCAAGGCUGAACCACAAAGUGUCUCCAUAUGUAGCCUGGAAACCAGAUCCAGGUGCAGCAGCUAUUGAUGCAUUCACUCUGGAUUGGUCCAGAUAUAAACUUAUCUAUUGUUUUCCUCCUUUCAGCCUCAUAGGCAAAGUCCUUCAGUUUAUCCAAGAAAGCAGAACAACAGCCAUACUUGUGUACCCAUACUGGCCAACCCAGGUGUGGUACCCACAGCUCCUACAGUUGAUGAAAUCUCCUCCAGUAUCAAUCAAAAUGCACCGCAAAACCAUUAUUCUCCCACAUCAACCAGAACAAGUCCACCCAUUAUAUCCCAAACUUCAACUUCAUGGAUGUCUCUUAUCAGGGCAUCCUUAGCUGCUCAAGGCAUAACGGGGGAACCUCAGGACAUCAUUGUGGCGUCUUGGCGAGAUGGAACCCGCAAACAAUACUGCACAUAUAUUACAGCCUGGUUAAAGUACUGCUCUGAUUGUAACAUCAGCCAAGUCAAUCCCAAGCUGCAGCAAGUCCUUGAUUUCCUUACUCUGCAAUCUAAACGUGUGGGAUAUAGUGCGGUUGCAACUGCCCGAAGUGCACUGUCAAGUUUCAUUAAAGUUGAUGGUGUAAAAGUGGGUGACCACCCUUGGUGUCAAGGUUUAUGACUGGCCUGUUUAAUCAAAAAGCCAGCCCUUCCACGCUACUCUGAGACUUGGGACCCCAAAUAGUGCUUAACCACCUUAAGACAUUUCCAGCUAUUGAUGAUAUGUCACUGAAACAGCUUACCCUGAAACUGGUCAUGCUUAUGGCCCUAUUGUCUGCACAGAGAGUUCAGACUUUACAGUCCUUGUCCUUGGAAGACAUGAGUACCCUACCUGGAAAGUAUGUCUUUCGCAUCUCUUCUGUUUUAAAACAAACAACUGCCAAAGGGGGCCAGAACAGACAUUUACUACCUGUUACUUUUCAUAGUUACCCCCUGGACAAACGACUGUGUAUCGUGGAGCUACUUUCAGCUUAUGUUAAAAGAACCGCUCCUCUCAGGAAAGAGACAAAGCAGUUGCUUAUUUGCCAUGCUGAGCCUCAUGGACCAGCUUCAAGGGACACACUAUCACGUUGGAUAAAACAAACCAUGAAGGAUGCGGGAAUUGAUACUACGGUUUUCAAACCCCACAGCACUAGGGGUGCCUCUACUUCAGCAGCUAAAGCAUUGAAUGUUCCUGUUCAGGUUAUAAUGAACACUGCUGGAUGGCGUUCUGAUUCUACUUUUGCCAAAUUCUAUGAUCGCCCUGUCCUCACUGCAAACAACUUUGCUGCAGCAAUUCUGGGAGAUAAGAAAUAAUAUAUUGUAAUCUCAAAUAACUCCCUUCUUUGAGCCAGUGCAUAUUCAUACAAUGCCUUAUAUCGAUAUCAGUUGUUGUUGCAGUAUUUACUACUAUCAUGUAAGAGGCCUAUUACAAAUACACAUUAUGUUGUGUUCAUUCACCAUUUUUUGUUGUCUGAGUUUUCUGUGGCUUUGAGCUUUAAAAUCUCACGUGACCUCCGAUUGUAUGCAAAUGCGAGGUAGAAUUGUUAAUUAAACGAGACUUACCUGUAAGUCGUGGUUUGAUUGAGAUUCUACCGUAGCAUUUGCAGGAAUGAGGAGGUCACAUCCCGCCCUACCCCAUCCCUAUUGUUGGUGACCUCUCAUUCCUGCUUUGUCAAAGCCCCACAAAACCGCUUUUAAGACUGAGCUCGGAUAUCGCAUACUUGCUAUCUCGCGUGACCUCCUCAUUCCUGCAAAUGCUACGGUAGAAUCUCAAUCAAACCACGACUUACAGGUAAGUCUCGUUUAAUUAACAAUUUUACUGGAUGUUCAUUUUCAAAAAUUUGAUUUUUGGGGGUCAUUUUCAGUUGAGAAAGCGUUUAAUCCCUAGGGGUCAUUUUAAUCAAUUUCAUGAAAGUAGUAAAAAGGCAGUAAGGAGCUUGAAUUAAAAUUGAAUGUACAAGCCGUGAAUACUGUAGAAACUCACAUCUUAUAAAAUUACUGUAGAUAAAUAACGCGCAGGUGAACGUCAACACGAUUUGCAGCCAAAAUCAGUGAUUCGUAAUUUCCACAGCAAUCGGGUUCAUCGGGUUAAGAGAGGGAGUCACUUUCGGCACGAUAUGUAAAAUUUAUGAGGGGUCAUUUCUCAGUAAAAGCUGAGAUCGAGGAAGGGUUCGCCGUUUGAAAAUCUUCUUAGCCUUCUCAUACUUCUCAAAAUGGCCGCUCCCCCCCACACAGGUAAUAAACGACUAGCCCUUAAGAGCCCAUGACUGUAAAUAUCGAGAAUCGCUGGCCAGGCUAAAAAAAUCGAAAAUUCUGAUAAUCUGUCUGAAAAACCCCUUUGGAGAACUGUCUUCGAAAAAAAUAUUUUUAACUUUCAAGAAUCUAUAGUUUUCGAGAAAAUGAGGAGACACGAAAAUAGCGGUUUUUACCUAAUUAAUUAUGCAAAAAUUAGAGUAAAAAUGACCUACUUUAUCGCGUCUGUACCGAGGCAAGAUUCAAAGCUAUAAAUCAGAAAUAUUUUUGCUUAAAAGAAUUCUAUCUUUUCUUUCUAUCUGUGGUAUGUUUUACUCUGCGCCAGCUCAUGGACACCACCGAAAAAAGGGCGAUUAAUUGAACUGAGACAAGAUUAUUUACAGCAAGCAUUAUCUUACCAGUUUUUUUAAGAGCCUGGGUUACUGUUAGCCUAGUCCCUAGGAGUUCUCUCUUGAUCCGUUGUUUUCGCGAAGUCUCGGUGACGUCACAGCUUAUAGUAGAGUCCAGGAAUGACCGAGCCGAAAACGCCUGGGGACUAGGCUGGGUUAGUGUUUUGUCCUGGAUUUAAACUGGGGCUCUCGCUCAGCAAGUCUGAGCCCGUAAACAAGCCGAGCAGUGGUUACAGGCAUGCACACCAAUGAGAUGACUUUUCUGGUUCCAAACAAACGGUAAGGACACAGACAUGCCUGCUGGGAUGUUAAAAAAUAACAAGGACAGUGUUAUUUCAGGUAAAUUCUGAACAUGAAUCUGACGAUGUCUACCACGGCACAGGUUGUCGAAACGUCAGUCAUUGUCAAGAACGGUACUACGAUCACCCAGACGAUGAUUCUCAACCUACUUUUGAAAAACUUUUGAAAUCGAUUUUGAAAUGACUCCUGGGUUCAAACCGAGACUCGAUUGCCAGUCGCUGUUCGGAAAACCAGCCAAAGCUCCUCCACCGGAGACAUAAUCAAAACUGCAACUUUUUGUUCUUCAUUAUUUGGCGCGGAAUUCUCUUUUUUAAUGUUUUUCAGUCAGUAAUAAUGACUGAGUAACUGAGACAGCUUAUACACCAGCUAGGUUAGUUUUGCGUGGUUAUCUUGGCUCGCUACUGUAUAAGUCGCUAUUUAUUUUUCAAUCAUUUUUUGUCCUUAGUGAAGCAACCUUAGCUUGUGAUACAGCAAGCGGAAUUUCUCAGUGCCUUGUAUUCUAUGCGUUAGUACUGCAAACAAACAGUCGGCUGACUCCAAAAGGACGCUAAGCCGUCUGCGAACAAACACUGUUAGGACUGAAAAAAGCAUUUCCCGUUUAUACAUAAAGAUCGAAUUUGAUUAGCAAAAUGAUAUUUUAGUUGACAAAUUUCUAGAGCGAUUUUGCUUUAGAAGUAUAUCACUUGUGAAGAAGGCGGUUGUGAUGCUGGUUUCCAUUCCCGUACCUUUCUGCCACCUAAAAUGUUUUUUUUUUUACAUUCGAUUGCUGCAUUAUUUUUUCAUUCAAGUUCUCUAACUGUAAUUGAAAAUGUCAGGUGUCAGAUGAGUUAAAAUUCUUGUCUUGUAUUGUCUUAAGUGUUCACAAAACACUGAUUUUAACUUUUUUUAGAUCUAAGAGGAGGCGUUUAAUCCGGAUAGGAGGCGUUUAAAAGAGACAGGGGUAAAUUGCCAUAAAUGUUGCAAGCUCAACAAAACUAAUAUGCUUUCGGCAAAGAUAUAUCUAGAUAUCAAGAGAGUUUGAAAAGAGCGGAAUCUUCUGUCCAUCAAUAUUGUUAUGUGUAGGCUAUUCUAGAUAUCCACAUAAUAUCGCUGUUUCAAAUCUCUACAUCGAUGCCAGAAUCCUUGUUUAAGUUAAUUGUGUUGUCAUCGUUAGUGUAUCCUUACGUUGAACUUGAAAACGAACAAAAUGUAAUGAGCAGACCAUUGUUAAUCAAGCAAGAAACUGAAUAAAUUGAAUGAUUUCUCUCCUUUUUGCUAAUUUCUAGUAUUUUGGAGUAUUGUCAUAGGGGGCGUGUAUUAGAUAGGCUGGUCUAAUAGAAACUUAUCAUUGAAAUGGGGGUGUGCCCCCCGCAGGGAUUUCGCCCAGAACUGAAUCAGUGCAUGGAACCUAGCCUUUUCUGUGUUCCCUGUUUUUAUCUCGCCUAUUGUAUGGAAUAUGUGUGAAAAUCUUCAUUAUGAAAAGGCAUAUUUCGAAGAGCUACACAACGACCAAGAAUACUAUUGACCGACAACAUACAGACCGGGGCAGCUGUAGUGUCACCUAUUACUGGACCUUACUAGUCAGAUAAGAGGCGUUUUGUUUGAUAGUGGGCGUCUGUUAGAUUAUUUACGCUAACUUGCUCUAUACAACAAAAUCUUCUGCAUUUUUGUGAAAUUCCGAGUUCGCGAAGAUAUUUUCACGCAAGAAGAUUAUCAUUAUCUAGAUGCUUGUCUAUUAAUCCGCUAGGUGGCUGUAUUUGCAGGUGACAUUAUCAUCAACCAUUACUAAUUCAUCCCGAGUCAUUUCAACUCAUAUUGUGCGCGAGCCGUCAGUGGUAACAAGCCAUCUGAGGUCUAAACAGUUACGAUCAUUUUAUUAUGCUAAUUCUCAGCAGACAUUUUUGGGGUUCGGUGUUAAUAAAGCUUUAAGGUCCAAACACAUUUUUAUCACUGGGAUAAGUAAUAAUAAUAAUAGUAAUAAUAAUAAUAAUAAUAAUAAUAAUAAAACAAUAGCUUUGAGAGCGAUACUGAAGAAGUUUUUAAAAAAGGCACUCGACGGAAAAUGCAAUUGUUAACAGAGGGUCAGAGUUAUGUAAAGUCUGCACUUCUUGGAUCUGCCACAAUUUAGGGAAAGGUCUUUGAAGUAGAAGAAAUUUUGUUGUUUCCAGGACAAAAACCAGUUUUUCAAAUUAUUAAACCAAAAUAAUGAUAAUUAACUUAGUUUUAUUUUGCUGUUGUAAGUUAAAUUUCACACUGUUAAGUAUUUCUUUCUGGAAAUUUUCACUAAAAUGUGAUUCGAACUAUUUUUAGGCUAAAACCGUCAAGUUAACCCAGGCGAUUUUAUUCAAUAUGUAUUCUUUAUUAAGUGUCGACUACUGUUGAUGUUCAGAAUGUUUAUUGAAAUAAGCAUUUGAGAGUCAACAGUAGUCGACACUUUAUUUUUAAUAUAUUGGUUAUUAAGCGAUAUCAGGCGUCAGUUGGCUAACUAUGAUAAUAAUGGCAACGAUAAUAUAAACAUGUUUCAUCUUUGUUAUGCUAAUCCAUAGCUAAUACUUUGGAAUUUAUUGUUUAAACGGCCCAUCUUUUCCUUCAACUCAAUAAUUUUAGACGAUCUUUUUUCGGCUAAAGUUCUGCCUGGUUUGAAUUACUCAUGCCAGUUGCUUUUUAUAGUUACUAAAAAAAAUUCUAAACAGGCUGACCUGACCAUUAUUUCAUAAAUUGCAUUCAUAUUUUGCGAGAGCGACGUGAAUAUCUGUGUUUAGAAAGAGUUAACCCAGUUUGAGUUUUUUCGCAUAAAAUUGCAUGAAAAUUGCUCUUUCCUUUUCACCUGUCUGAACUUUUCUUGUGAGUUUAUACACGGUGCUUGCUGGCAGUAAAUUUUUCAAAAUGCAGCACUAAUCAGCCACGAUUUCUUAGAUAACGCUGUAUUGUGCUUCUAAAGGAUAAAAAAUAUUUUAAGAGACUCCUUUUCUAACCAAUUUUUGCCUGCACGAGAACGACGGAGUAUUCAUUUAACCAAAGUAUAAUUCUUUGGCGCAAAAUAUUAAUUAUGUUUUAUAAUGGUAAAGACUAUAAUCUUUGUGCGUGUGCGCAUACAAUUUUCCGCUUUUCUCUGCCUUUCUCUUCAAGUCUGGAACUUCCGUCAAAAGAUGAAAUUUGAACGCAUUUCACUGAGACCAAUAAACAAACAAAGUUUCAGUAUCAAGAGAUUAAAUUUGGUGUUAGAAACAUAAAGGGAGACAUAUUUCUUGAAAUAAGUUAAGUUGGGACUACUUUUCAAAGGGAUUUCAACCGAUUUUUCCCGCAUGUGACCGCCAGUCAGUUAAUGCGAGUAACGGACCUUUGAUAACUGUUAUACUGAACUAUUUGUAAAGACUGAUCAAAGCAGUUUGCCUAGUAUUUUAUGCUGCUGAAUAUUGAACUCUAUUCUUACGUCCAUGGACAGCUUAUCAUCGAUACAUACUCUCUCAGUUUGAAACUAUCAAAUUGAUGAUUUUCACCUGGUCAAUUUUUUUGUUUGGACACCUCAGCCAUUUAUAAAUUUCAGUCAUUUAAUUUUAACUAUCUGGCAAUGUGUAUUUAUGAUAACGUUUUCGUGUUCAAGUGAUAUUUCGUAAUUUUUAAGGCUGGACAUUUUGAAAAAUUGUUUUUUAACAAACGUUACAAUUGUGGAAACUUUUCGUUAGAAUAUUACGUUAAGAGCAGCAUUACAUCAGGAUAUAGCUUAAUUCCUUUCAGCUGCCAAAUUAGACAGUGUGCAUUUAGGAAAGUCUACUACAAACUUUAUUUGAGAGUGACCGUCUAUUAGAUCAUUUACGCUAUCUUUGCUUUUGACAGAACACGUCACUGACAACGCACAAGUCAAUCGAUUCAAUUGUGGUCACUUAAAAGCAAACGAUGCUUUCAACAUAUUCGUGGAGAUGGUAAAUAAUAACAGUUUAAAGGCUAAACUAAUGUCUAAAACCUUUUACUUCAAGUUACCAAACCGGGAAUACCGCCUCGCAUUGCUUGUGAACGUGCGCUAAUGAAGUGUAAUAGCUAUAGCUUUAAACUGCCGACCAUGUUUUCAACAUUAAGCCAUUGGUUUGUUUUCUUCCAAACAUUGUCCGAAGUUUUAUAUGUCUUAACUUUCACCAGAGGUAAGUUCUACAAUUCCUCGCCAGUAAAGGCAGGCUUAUGACUUAUUUGAUAUGUAUUUCACAGUCAUUUUUGCAGCGGUGCAGUUUAAUGAUCAACAGAAAAACAUGGAUUGGCAUGAAGCAGUCCCAUUUAUGACACGAUUGUGUUUUUACAUCUCCCUUUAUUUCCUUUAUAAUAUUAAUAUCAGUGGCAUAGGUUGAUUGUGUUUUUGAGGUUUUUAUUAUACAAAUGUCUCUUGAGCUAAAUGUAAUGGUAACCAGUUUGCAAGUCGGGCAUUAGCUAAUCAUUUAAUGCUUUGUUGUUUUUUUUCUUUUUCAUAGAUUUAGACUCUGAAUUUCGCCAAGAUAUUUUCUCACAAGACGAUUAUCAUUAUUUGAAUGUUCCUGUGGUUGGAUCAUUCACAGUGGACAACGCCUUUGACUGUACGUUAAAGUGUCUUAGAAAUCCUUGUUGCUUUUCUGUUAACCUGGCCGCCUACAGAGGAGCCAAUGGAAAGAUAUGGUGCGAGUUGCUGUCCUCUGAAAAGCACAGCAACCCCGAGAAGUAUAAAAGAAACCAAACCUCGCAUCACUUAAGUACCAUCCUAGAGGUAUAGCAUUAUCAUUAUCAAAUGAAUGUUAUUAUUAUUCAUUGUCUUUGUCAUGAUCAUUAUCAUCGUCAUCGUCAUCAGCAUCAUCAUUAUCGUUAUCGCAGGAGGCCAUAACCCGGAGUGAGCAACUUCCAUAGUAGGCCUAUAUCACGGCGUUUUUACGGACCAGUUUAUUUUUAGACACAUUUUAGGGCACUUUUUCCCGUGAAAAUAGAAUCUCCACUGCAUGUCUAUUAGCGCAUUCGAAGUAUAAGAUGUCAAAAAGUAAAACUAAAUGUCAUUAAAAGGCAAAAAAUAUCCCUUUAAGUCUGCAGGUUUUGCUGACUGGUAUGUGGAAUUUAAAAGAUAUUCAAAAUUGGUUGUUUAAGUAGUAAUCAAAGCGGAGCUCCAUGAGUAAGAAAAUUUGCUUAGCUAUGCAUUCAAGAAAUGUAAGUUCUGACAAAAUCGUCCGUACGAUGCGUACGUACGUCCACCCGUUCAUGAAAGCCGGGGUGAAAUUUUGCAUUUCAAGCACCCGCGCGUUUCGGCGGUAAAUCGCAUGGCCACCCGCCGGACUUUUAGAGAGAAAAAAUACAACAACAACAAAGCCGAUCCUUUCUUUCGACUAAAUUUUAACGGUCUACAUUGACGUAAAGUGGAUAACAAAGAAAGAGCUAGAGCGAGAGAUAAAAAAAGGAGACCAAUUUCAUACGAGCGGUGAGAAAAUAAGAACUUCAGUCCUCUAUAAAACAUGUAACUAGGAAGCGUCUGGAAGUUUCACGUUGUAGUCGUGCAAAACAACGGCAAAGAAAUGUACCCAAAAAGUGUGCUACACAUUACGUUUUCGUUGCCGUCGCCGCUUGGAAUUAUACGAUUUUAUGUCUUGUUUGAGUAAACUAUAAAUAUUAACAACAGCUUCGCUGUUAGCCUUGGCUAAAUCUUUACAUUAUAAAAUACUAAUGGUGAUGUUGCUACUUUCAGACCUCCGGGACUCACUGGAAAUGUUACAACGGAGAUACUUGUGCACAAAAUUCCAGACAUCUCAACUGCCUUUGUAAGGAGGGUUUUAUUGGAGCAUCUUGCCAAAUAGGUAACAAAACAAACGUUGCUCUUGUCUUAGCUUGAAUAUAGGACAAUAAACACUAGCAGAACUUCUAGUGAAUUUGAUCAUUUUUUUCAGCGAUCAAGUCAUGUCAAGACUGGUAUGACUAUGACCAUAACCCAGACAAGUGAGUUACUUCUUUUCUUCAUAAAAGUCUUUUUUUUUAUUCGAGUUGGUUUUAAAAGAAACCAACGCUUUAGUACUAGACAAUGUUGUGAAACUGCUUUUUUUAUGUAAACAGUGAAAAACCUGCUAGUGUCCGCCUUAUACAGGUUUCACUGUAGUUGUUAACUAAAAAGUGUCUUCUUUGACUAGGACAAACAAAACUCAGAUGAUUACAAUUAUCUUUGACUCAAAGCCAACAUCCGUUCUCUGUCACAUGGGAGAUUUUGGAUGUGGGGAUGGAGGAUGGACACCGGUCAUGAAGAUGGACGGCAACAAGGUACGAGAUAGCCUGUGUCAGCAGGCUCUUAGAUAGUAGGGAUAUCAGAGCCUCUGUAUGGGUGUUUCCGACGAAAUCGAACGCGAAGAUCGCCAUUGGUUGCGCUGAGCUUACUAGUAGCGUUACCACACAAAAAAAUGCUUAAUAUGCGACGAUUUCGUGCUCGCCUGAAGAAACGACGAUUUGAUGUAAAAUGCGCGACAAAAUCGACUUCUGCAGGUAUCCAUGCAGAGACUCACAUCACCGAAAUAAAACAGGCAAAGCGUUCUUAUUCUGCAUUCAGUCCAGUUCAUUUUUAUUUAGCCAAAAUAUAAUACAAUACAGGUAUUAUACAUAUAGAAAUUGUAACUUGUCAAGGGAGCCUAGAAGAAAUUAAACCUGAAGGCUUAUGAAGCCUGGGCUCCCCAGUCACAAAGAAAUAAGUAUAAUGAAAUUCGCUGAGUGAUAGGUUAAAAAUAGGAACUAGACAGAGACUGAGUUAAGUUAUGAAUUCAGUAACAAGAUAAAGAAAAACGUUCUUAUUCUGGAUUGGUAGGAAUAUAAGGAGGGGGCAUCGCGAGUGUGAUGUUGUACACAUUACUAAUUUAUGGUUUAAUUAAUUUGACGGCCAAGUACUUGUUUCUCUCACAGCAAACUUUUGAAUACAAUUCCUCUCUCUGGAGCAACAAAGAAACCUAUAACCUUGACGGAGGGAAGACUGGGUUUCACUCACAGGAAACCAAACUUCCCUCCUACUGGAACACAUCCUUCUCCAAGAUCUGCCUCGGUAUGAAGAUCGGUCAGCAGCCGGUCAAGUUUAUUGUCAUCAACAAGCAGGCCAACUCCUUGUACUCUCUGAUCGCUGAUGGGCAUUACAACGCCACCUCACUGGGUCGUGACACAUGGAAGUCACUGAUUGGGCAACGUUGUUCCCAGCGAGAGAAGCAGCCCUAA